AUGUCGUCCUGGAUUCAGCGCCAUGCUGUCUCCCAUCAGUCACAGCUUGCAGCCACCGCUGUGCUCUCGGGAGCUGCCGUCGCAGGUGCUAUACUCGGCUACCAAGCAUAUAGGCGAAAAGAAGCGGUGGCGGAACUUAAAGCCUCGAUCCCCGACGUGAGCGAACGACACCAUGCCGAGAAGGUACGCGUGCACUUCUUAGAUGCGCAACCACGUGUACCGCAAUUGAGCAAGGAAGACGAGCGCAGUGCAGCUCUGGCGCGUCGGGCGCAACAAGGCGAUUACGAUGAUGACCUUAUCCUCGAACAGCUUGCUCGGAAUCGCGUUUUCCUUACCGACGAUGGCCUUGCGAAACUUCGCUCGUCGUUUAUUAUAGUGGUUGGGUGUGGAGGUGUCGGAUCACAUGCAGCGGCUUCUCUUGCCCGGUCAGGCGUGGCCAAGCUCCGUCUGAUUGAUUUCGACCAGGUCACGCUCUCUUCGCUGAACCGACAUGCUGUCGCUACUCUGGCUGAUGUGGGUACACCUAAGGUACACUGUAUUCGCAAGAGACUGGAGCAGAUCACCCCAUGGACCAAGUUCGACUGCCGCAAUGAGCUGUUCGGAGGUUCAGUGGCAAAUGACAUACUGGCUCCAUGGUCCUUUAAUGAUAGCGACAAAGGACAGAAGCCGGGCUAUGUGUUGGACUGUAUCGAUAAUAUCACCUCCAAGGUCGAGCUGCUGCACUACUGCCAUUCCCACUCGAUCCCGGUGAUAUCGUCCAUGGGAGCAGGAUGCAAGUCGGAUCCUACACGCGUCACCGUGGGGGAUAUCUCCGAGAGCACAGAUGAUCGCCUCUCGCGCAGCACCCGGCGACGACUGAAGGUAAUGGGUGUGAACUCGGGCAUUCCUGUAGUGUAUUCGACGGAAAGGCCAGGCCCAGGCAAAGCAACUCUCCUACCACUGGCGGAGGAUGAAUUCUCCAAAGGCGAGGUCGGCGAGCUUAGCGUGCUGCCUGAUUUCCGGGCCCGGAUUCUACCAGUCCUAGGCACUAUGCCUGCAGUAUUCGGGUAUACCGUUGCAAACCAUGUUAUCUGCGACAUUGCUGGUUAUCCGAUGGACUACAGCCUAGGUGGUGGGCAGAAUCGGGACAAGCUAUACGACGGCAUCCAAGCGACUCUGCAGGGACUCAUGGAGCGUUUGGUCCGGACAGAAGCCGGUCAGCAAAUCAUUGGACUUCGUCUCCCAAUCAAAAAAGAUGAUAUUGGCUUUAUUGUAGACGAGAUCUGGAGAGGGAAGAGUGCCAUCAGUGGGCUCCCCAGCCGGCUUCCCAAGUGGGAGAAGGAAGGUCAGAAGUAUAUUCCACUCGGGUUGGGUGAUCUGGUAUGCAUGACCAAGGAGGAGGCCGUCGUUCAUGAAAAACAAGUCCUUCUGGGUGGAAAGAACGUGGACGAGGUAUACGAUGAGAAGGUCAUUGAGAAGGUGAACCAACGGAGAACGGAGGCAGAAUCCUACGAGAGGUUUCGAUGA